GUCUUGGCACGCCAUUUCCCGAGGGCGAAUCCAACCUUCCCAUCAGCGCAAUCAAAACUCGUGACUCACGUCCACAUAGGGAGCGUCGAGCAGCGUCAACGUCAUCAAAGGCCCAAGUCUAUGGACUGCGACCCCUGAAACACUUUCACGAUAUCUCAUAUCCAACGGCUGCCUCGAGGCUCUCACAAGGAUGGGCGAAUCACGCACGGAGCUGAUCCAGUGGCUCAACGAGUUGUUGCAAAUCGGUUACACGAAGGUGGAACAGUGCGGCACGGGUGCCGCAUACACACAGGUCAUCGACAGCAUCUACCGCAACGUUCCUCUUCACAAGCUCAACUUCGCAGCGAAGGCCGAGUACGAAUAUGUCAACAACUACAAGGUCAUGCAGGAGGCGUUCAAGAAGAACCGAAUCGACAAGCCGAUUCCGGUGGAGAGGUUGAUCAAGUGCAAGAUGCAAGACAACUUGGAAUUUCUUCAAUGGCUCAAAAAGUACUGGGAUGCGCACAUGCCAGAUGAUGAUUAUGACCCAGAGGCCAGGAGGGGAGGGGCGCCAGCAGCCCCACCACCUCUUUUGGGGGCGACGACUGUAGGAGGUGCGCGUUUGGGCGGGGCUGCACGUGCUCCUGCCGCUGCUACUAGACCGGCCGCGACGAGACCUGCCGCUGCUGCUACGAGAGCGCCAGUGAGAGGUGCGGCUGCCAGCGCGACCAGAGGAGCUCGAGUUGGCGCAGCUGGCGCCAGAGGUAUUCCGGAUGAGACGAUCGCGGCGCUGACUGGUCAGAUGGACGAGAUGAAGUUGAGCGUAGACUCGCUCGAGAAGGAGCGCGACUUCUACUUUGCCAAGCUUCGCGACAUCGAGGUUUUGGUCCAGGGUCGACUCGAGCUGCUCGAGACUGGAGAGGAACCCGCGGCUGAUAACAAUCUCGAGCUCGAAACGCUCAAGCAGAUCCAGGCGAUUCUAUACUCGACUGAGGAAGGCUUCGAGGUGCCAGAGGGGCAGGAGGGUGUUCUCGGGGAUGAGGAGGAGACUUUCUGAGCUAUAGAAUGCUUCCAUACCAGCUCUUGGAUCACGCUGCCUGCAAAUCCCACACACACGAUGCGUCUGCCGCUUAAUGUCACGCAAAUGAUCAUCCCGUCCUGAGA